CGGAAAUAGUAUGCAUACGUCUUAUGCAGGGACCAGAAAUAAUCAGCCCUAUGACUUUGACGUAGUUGCAACUUCUGCGUUGUCUGUGAUCACUGACGCGCGUCCGCCGAUGAACGUGGUUACUAAUCAAUCCUCGAGUCUAACACGAGUUUGCCUCGCGUUGUUUGAGAAUCUGACGGGUGCUGUUUUCAAUACUACAGGGUUUAACCUGAAGGAUGGGCGCAAUAAACGUGCACCUCCUGAGCAUCCCUCUUAAAUGGAUCCAAGGACCAAGCAUGGCACCACUUCAAUGACCACUGGACUACUACCGGAUGACUUUCGUAGCAGGCAUAAAACUAUCGUACUAUUCGGGGAAACGGGAGCAGGCAAAAGCUCACUCAUCAACCUCAUGGCGGACAAAGAAGUAGCGAACACAUCUCCUGACAUGCAACGCUGUACAAUGAAGUGGCAAGAGUAUACUAUCGGCUUCGGCGGCGACUCGUAUACGGUUUUCGAUACCAUCGGGCUCGAGGAACCUCAGCUGGGAAUCAAAGAAUAUCUCGAGUCUGUCGAGAAUGCCUAUCAGCUCAUCAAAGCAUUGGAUAGACAAGGCGGCAUUGAUCUGCUUCUAUUCUGCGUUCGCGCUGGCAGAGUCACUGCUACGCUUCAGAGCAAUUACCGGCUCUUUAACGAAUUCCUCUGCGAGAAGAAGGUUCCAAUUGUUCUCGCCAUCACGAACCUUGAAAGGGAGAAGAGAAUGGAGGACUGGUGGGAGAGGAACCACAGCACCUUCGAAAAAUAUCAGAUCCAGGUCGCCGGUCAUGCGUGCAUUACCGCCGCCAAUAGGUUGGACGGCAGACACAAAGACCUUUAUGAAGAAUCGCGCAUCACGAUCCGCAAACUUGUUAAGGAAUUUACUGCUGACGAGCAGAAGCGAGCAUGGAUGGGAGGGGACAGUCUGUUCGUGUCGUUGUUGCGUAAGCUGAGGGAGUUUCUUGCAGGGGGUCCGAAUGUGAGAAAGAAGGACCUUGUCCCUUAUCUCACGAAGCGUUGUGGUAUAUCUUCAGAUGCCGCAAAACAGUUAGCUAAAAUGAUCAGGCAAGACGUAGUUUGACUUCUUCCAUUGAAUUUAUGCCUCAUCCGAUUAUAGACUGUUGUUGUCGAUUGUACGGGUCUCUUACCCUCAUGGAUCGGUACAUACUAUAUAUUUGCAAACAGUUGUAUCUUGUAUUUUAGUGCG